UAAGAGCGGUUUUCUUUAACAGAUAAUAGUGCCAACGGUUGUUUAAAACCCGAAGCCACGCAAACGCUAUGUUUUCGAUUUAAUUUGCGAGUAGUAAUUCUACGAGUUAAAAGUUUGAAUUUUGAUAUCUUUGCCGGCUAUGAACAGGUGAAACCGACGUUCCUUAUCUCUACGAUGAUUAGUUGUGAAAACAUUUCACAAAUACGAAUGAAAUUACUUCAGGAAGCCUCACACGAUUGCAAAAGUAGACGCAUACUUUCUUCCAGCUACAUUCGACAGAGAGGCGAGUGGAAAUUGGCCGAGUUUCAAACAUAAAUUGAAUGCGAAAAGUUUACAAAUAUGCAAAUAGAAAAUUUGCAUUGUCCCAGUAGGACGACUGCUAUGUCGUUGUUUGAACCCAUUCCUUCCUCUGCAAACAAAUGUUGCUUUCAACGAUUAGAACUUUCAUAAUUCUCAAUCUAGGCAGUUCACUUUGCAUUACUGCUCUUUUAACCAUUCGCUAUCCAAAUUAUUUUUUUUCACGCAACAAUUUAAUUUUUAGCUCAUAGUUUCAGCGAGGGGAACCAAAAGUAAGGUCGUUUGUGAGGUGAAGAAGCAGUUCCUUCGCUGGAUGUGCGUUCAUAGUUAAUUACAAUUCUAGACAUCUUCAUAAAAUAAUAAUGUAACAAUUUUCAAUGGUCUGCGAACACGGGGUCAUAAAUAUAUUGAUAUAAACAUGUGUUAAGGCUUGCAUUUGUUAAAUCAGUGAAGCCAAGUAAGGACAGAAGCCAUCGGCUCAACGCAAAAGGCAAAAUCUACAUGAUUUGAUGCGAGGAUCAUUGGACUUCCGCGCCCAGUGAAAAGAAUUGUUGGUAUCCACCGGUGUUGAUUACGCAUGUGUACAAAGUUUGCGGUAACGGUGGCCGAAGUAACGCGACAUUCAAGAUUAAUCUGUAGGCCUACUGACGAACGGUUACUCUCGUUGUUGUGACAUUUUUAAUGUUGACGACUGCCGCCACUUCUGCCUCUACCAGUUCGGACCCGAAUGGAGCACCAGGCAGUAGCUACCAAGGGUAUAAAAAGUUGAUGGAAAAAUUCGAUGGCCUAAAGAAUUACAUUCCUUCUAAUAUGGACGAUCCCAUCGUUUUAAACGUUGGAGGGAAACGUUUCGAGACUUACGAAGAAACGCUUGCAAGAUUCCCCGACACUUUACUCGGCUCCAAGAGUCGGAGGUCGAAAUUUUACAACAGCAGACGGCAGGAAUACUUUUUCGAUAGACAUCGUUCGGCAUUUGACGCAAUUCUUUAUUAUUAUCAAUCCGGUGGAACUCUCAUAAGGCCAGAGCAUGUUCCCCCGCAUGUAUUCAUCAACGAAGUUGUCUUUUAUGACCUCCCUGAGGAAGCUGUUCAAGUUAUUCAACUUGAGGCAGGUAUAGCGGACGAGCCUGAAGAUCAACCGAUGCCGAGUAAUUACUACAUGGGAAUUAUUUGGAACGCGUUGGAAUACCCAAACUCGUCGAAAGUGGCCAAAUUUUUAGCCAUUUUUUCCGUGUUGGUAAUCACUUUGUCGUUAAUAAUUUUCUGCGUCGAGACUUUACCAACUUUUAAAAUGGCAAACCAAAGUCGACCGUCAAAUGCUACAGAUGACUGGAAACCACCUCCAAACCCUUAUGAUAAAGUGUGGUUUCAACUUAACACAUUUGUCAUCGUAUGGUUCACUGGAGAGUACGUUAUUCGCUUUAUUUGCUCCCCGCAAAAAUUGAAAUUUUUACUGGGUGCUUUGAAUCUUAUUGAUUUAUUAUCCAUUUUGCCUUACUAUGUUCAACUCGGACUUAAAGAAGAUGACUCUUCCAUCUCCGUGCUGCGCGUGGUGCGUGUGGUACGCGUGUUUCGAGUGUUUAAGCUCUCACGUCACUCGCGCGGGCUUCAAAUAUUGGGAAACACGCUGAAAGCGAGUUUGAAUGAACUGAUUAUGUUAAUGUUCUUCUUAGCAAUUGGCGUUAUGAUAUUUGCAAGUUGCGUCUACUACGCGGAAGGAGGGCCCGACAGUGAGGGUUUUCAAAGCAUUCCACACGCUUUCUGGUGGGCAGUCGUCACUAUGACUACUGUGGGUUACGGAGAUGUUUCCCCCGUCAGUUUACCAGGAAAGAUCGUGGGAGCACUGUGCGCCAUUUCAGGGGUGCUAACCAUUGCAUUGCCUGUACCCGUAAUCGUGUCCAAUUUCGAGAACUUUUACAACAAAGAGAUGAACCGAAGAAAAGAAGAGGAACUGAAGAAAGCAGAAGAAGCUCGAGAAAAGGGAAAGGCUAACAAAUCCGGUGAGAACAGCAGAAAGCAAUCUGUGGAACUCGAAAACAUGGAUGGUAAGAUUCUCAAGUCUCCAAGAGAUGUUGUGGUUUGUAGCGUUAACAACAAAGACGAGAAUUCGACCGAUAAGACUCAUCCAACACGGAGGUCAGUUGAGACUGUGUGACGAUCUGUGUCACUUGAUGCAUGUCACGUAAUGCAUUAUACCUGAUGUGAUAUGUGUCGUGCUGAAUUGCACAUUUGAGAACAUUGGAAGGCCUUUAUUCAAUGAUAUAUUUAUUCGUAUUAACUGCAAGAUAAACUGUCAAAAAAUUUCUAUCUCAGAGGCAAGAGUGGAUUUCAACGUUUAUUCCUUGAACUGAAGAGUGGAAAUGUUUCUCCUAGGCAACUGCUGAUGUCGAACGAUCGUCUGUACUCACAGCAAACCGGAAACGAAAUAUGGAAAUAGCUAUUACGUCAUAACUUCGUUGCUCUUAGUUCAAAAUAAUGCAUGAAUAUAGACCGGAGGUAGAUUACACGGCAUAAGCGGUGAACAAAAUCUAAGGAACUUUGGUCAUCCGCUUAAUCAAGCUUGAUUACAUAGUAUGAAAGUACAAGGAGUGACUCCAGUGUCCGCAAUAUACCAGUUCAAUCACAAGAAAGAAAAUUUGGACUUAGCACUAUGAGCACUCGCCUACUGUAGAAAAUUCUGUUAAAAAACACACCUAGUAAACUGCUAUACCAACUGGGAAAUAGCCUCUCGCCUUAUUUUCACCAACUUUCCGAUGCAAUUAUAUAUUCUAAGUUUUUGAGGACUCUUCGAACGACUAGGAUUGGGCUCUGUGAAGUACUUUCGACACACCUUUAGUAUUCUUCACCCUCCUGGUUCCCUCCGAGUAAAUAUGGCAAACUGUGGUAUUAGCGAAGAAAAAACUUUCUAGGUCUCGGAGGUGAUGGAUGUAAAACCACCUUUUGAAACUGUAAGGUCGGUACAAGCCGUUGCGGUAUGUGUACAUGAUGGAGUCAUUAGCACUUUGCUGAGAACACCAUCUCGAAAAACAGGGUAACAACAUUUUGUUCAGCUUCUCCUUGAAGGCAUCUUGAAGUACUAAUGCCAAAAAUCUUGUAUUACAAACGCCAAGUUUUGUCUUUCAUUUCUACACCGGGAUCUAAUAGGAAAACAAGCCCUAGACGCUCACGAUGAAGUUAAUUAAAGUGAAAAAUGUGGCCUGUCAGGAUUCUUGGUGAAAUUGUGUACCUGCCCAUCAAUAAGCGUCAAUAUAAUGCUUUGAAAACAAAUAAAUUAAAUUAGCUGAAACGGUGAAAAUGCCCACAACAGAACGGCACAUCGAGGGGAAGCUGAGUUUGAAGCUGAGUUUGAAGCUGAGGAACUAGACGUCAGUUAGACUUACGAGUUCUAAGGCGAUAAAGGACGAGGAUGGUAUAAAUUAGGGAAACAUAACGAAAUCGAAUCUUCACGUCUCAAGAACAUGAAUAAGAGGUGAUGAGACAACUCGUAGCCAAUAGUCCUUCUCGGAUCAAUUGCCGUUGAUAAAACCGGUUAAAACCAGGUCUCAAGAGACCUGUUUGACCAGUUUUAUAAAUAAACGAUUGGACUUUUUUACCUCUGUAGAGUGAGAGGGAACUUAAUACGUGGUCAUUAACAGUCUCCUAUGCAGCAUGCAAUAAUCUGAGAUAUUUAUAAAAUCGGUGUUUUUAUUAGCACACAGCUAUUGGUAUUUUACCUUUGAACCAUUAAAUGAUCAAUUUAUAGAUUUAUUUAGCUACAUAUUUCCUUUCGUCGUGGGUAAAUUUCGACGGAAUCCCUUAGAAAUUUGCUUCAGUGGGCGAUAUUGCUUCAAAUAACACAAUAUUGCUUCAAAUAACACAAUCUUAUAAAAGUGUAAAGCCCAUAAUUGUAUACUUGUGCUGCUCAAUCAUGAUGAGCUAUGGCACUUGGUAGAGUAAUUGAAUAUAAAAUUUUAAGAAUGUUUCAUGUUAAGCAUGAAGUACGCAAAGUCAGAUUUUCUUUUUCGAUAUAUUUUUCAACACUAUAUGAUAACUUGAAUUUUUUUGGUAAAGUUUCAGUUGAUAGUUACAUUUUCAAACGAUUGAUUGAUAGGUGUCCGUGAAUUAGCUUGACUUGUCAUCCAGAUAUUGGCGAAAAGAGCAAAAAUAUUGUAAUUUUUAGUAUGAAUAAUUCUGAGGUUAUUAUAAGAGAUGCAGAUUACAAGGAAAUCUCUACGGCUUAUUUGUGAGAAUAACAAAGAUAGGUCCUUCUUAAAAGCUGAGUCGAGCGAUAAUGGGUGAACUAAACUUCUGCGACAAAAAGUCAAACUUAACUAAAUUUACGGGGAAAAACUUAGUCAAUAUCCUAAGUUUUUGAUCUUAGAGGGAAGUACUUGAAACACAGUAUAAAACUAUUCCUAUGUGAAAGUGAGAAAGCUCGCGUAAUGUGAGAAAAUGAAAACCUUUAUCUACUGUUGCAAUACAAGUCGCUCUCUUGUUCAGACUGUCGUUUGUUACACACGUCAGUCUUUGGUUUAUAAUUCGAUUAGUUACUCUCCUUGCUAGUUAUAGAAAAAAAAAAUCAAUGAGCUUCUAUGGAUGCAUGAUAAAAAGUGGUAUCUUCUUGAAAGGAAUAAGAAAGAUUAUGUAGUCUUUCUCACAUUCGCAUCGGUCAGAAAAUUGACCAUAAUAUGUAAGCUUUUUUUAUAAGAAAGCUAAGUUAAGAAUGUAGAGGAAUGAUUUAAAGUGGCAGCUAAUUAAAUUUCACAACUUA